AUGGUAUCAGAGCAUGGACGCCACUCCUACGCCGCCGCCGUCUCCGGCACAAACGACGCCACCAUCUCCGGCACAAGCGACGUCAACCAAACUACGCAAGCCGACCCUCCAAUCUCAGAAUCACCGGCUAGCACUGUUCCAGGAACGAUUUUGCAGAGGAAUCAAGUCAAUCAACAGAGAAGUCUCAAUGUAGAGGAGUUGGAGAAUCCGCUCAUCCUAGGCAUCAACGACAACCCGUCAGCUGUGCUGGUUAGUCCACCACUGGUAGGGAGUUCCAACUACGGAACUUGGUGCGUUAGCAUGCGUAUUGCCUUAGAGAUUAAAAAUAAGUGGAGUUUGAUCGAUGGAAGCAUCACGUCGCUUAGCAGAGAGCAUCCGCAGUAUUUGGCAUGGAGACGCUGCAACCUGUUGGUUUGUUCGUGGCUAUUCAAAGCGGUGCACCCUUCGAUCGCACAAAGUUUAAUGCAUCUUGACAAAGGCAGAGAAAUUUGGGAGGAUCUACGGAGAAGAUUCUCGCACUGUGACGCUCAGCGAAUCUCCAUUCUACAAAAUGAGAUAUACAAUAUGAAACAAGGUCUAAUGUCUGUGAGUGAUUAUUACACCAAGAGCAGAACAUUAUGGGAAGAGAUGAACACGUUGAGGCCACUUCCCAUUUGCAAAUGCAAUCCAAGGUGUGCGUGUGACUUAGUGGAUGAAAUCCGAAAAGAAAGAGAUGUAGAUCAGGUAAUCAGAUUUUUGCAGGGGCUGAAUGAUGAUUAUAAUAGUCUGAAAUCUAAUAUUCUCGUUUUGGAUCCCCUACCUGAGGUAUAUAAAGUCUAUGUUAUGGCAGAGAAACUGGAAAGACAAAUCAGUCUGACCAUCUUAAAUUUAGGGAAUCUGGAUCCUAAUCUAUCUAAUGCAGUGCAAAGCAAUGAAAGUUUCGCAGGUGAAGGAGCUGUUACAGCAGCUCUGAAUGCUUACAAUGGCAGAAGAAAUAAUGUAGCAAGGCCAAAAUGCACCUUCUGUGGCAUGGUGGGUCACACUGUGGACAAAUGCUAUAAAAAACAUGGUUACCCCCCGGGGUGGGUACCUGGCUAUAAAUCAAAAGGGAAACAAGUUAAUGCAGCAAUUGCCAAUGACGUUGGAGACUUAGGCAUCACAACAGAUCAACUGUAG